AAAACGACCCAACAACUCUCUCCUCUACACUGAUUGCAUAAAUCCCAACUCGAAGAAAAUGAAAAUUAUUGUAACCCCACAAUAAAAUUUGAAAGAAAAGUAAUACCCAAAAGGGGAGAACCCAUUUUUGUUUGGGGCCUUGGGUGUUUUGGGGUCAGCGGCGAGCACCGAUGAUAUGUGCGCGCAGUUGAGGUGUAAAUUGGGGUUUCUUUGCAGGUCUUUGGUGGGGUUUCUUGAUCGAUCGGUUUCAAGAGCAAUGGGCUGCUUCUUCGAUUGCUUCAAAGUCAGAGACGAUCGCCAUCGACAUAGAGCGCACCUUGUUUCCGAUCCUUCUUGUUCGAAGUACAGGGCACCUGUGGUAGCUCGAAAUAAGUUAUCAUCUCUUUUCCUGUCUGAAGAAAAUGAAGAUUUCUCGAGGAAUGAUUCAGGUUCCAAGUCUUUUGGGUCUCCACGGUACACCAAGGAGUUGAAGGAUGAGGCCAAAUUCCUUAAGGCGUGUGGGACUAUAGUGGAGACCCCAGCUGAAAUCCGGAAAGCAUCAAGAAAGCUCUUGGGUUCUCCUCAUGAUGACAGAGAUUUGGAGCCUCUUAAGUACCCAUCACUUCCAAAUGCAUCCCUUGAAACACCUCCGGAUCCUCCCCGCACACCUGCCAAACAUUUGGAAGAGGGAAGAAGCGAGCCAGGGUCUGCUGAACGUACACCUAGCAGUUGUACUACCAGUGAACAGAAUACUCAAAGAGUCUCUGCUCUUAAUAGUCCUGAUAAUGUGAUGACAACAUGUCAGAAUAAAGUGAACCAAUCUCCCACCCGAAGUUCAUCUGAAAGCGGAAGAGAAGAACUUGAUUCAUCAGGUAAGUCAUCACCUAAUCCAACCCCACGACAGCUAUCUGACAAAAUUCAAACACCUGGAACUGUUUUUCCAGCAAACUUGGAUCAUGGAACAGCAAGAAUCAGGUCUCAGUAUGUUUAUUCAGGUAUGAACCCAGUUGAGAGUGAAUCUAAUCUGGAAGGACUUUCAAGAGAAGUGAAAGUGUCUGUUCAAGAGCUUGAAAUGAUGACACCUAUACCAGAAAGGACUGUGAGAGCUAAUACUCAUGAGAAGGAGUUGGUGGUGGAAGCAAGCUUGUCUGCUUGGUUGAAACCAGUAGCUACUCAUGAUGAUGAUGGUCUGAAAUUUGGAGCUGCACAUAGGCCGAUUCGUGCUGGAAGGAGUGCAGGGGACAGGCCAAUUAUAGGGAUGGUUGCUGCUCACUGGAGCGAGGAUGAACCUGUUCAAAUCUCACCCAAGGAAUGGGACGGGAAUGGAAUCCCAAAUUCAACCAAUAAGUACAAGGAGGAUCAGAAAGUGAGUUGGCAUGCGACGCCAUUUGAGGAGAGGCUAGAGAAGGCACUAUCAGAAGAAAGUAUAGUUACAAGGAAGAAUUUCCAAGGAAAGCUAGUAGCUUUUGAUGAGGAAGAUGAUACAGCAGUUUCGAGGGUUCAACCUGCAAUCCAACCCAGUUCAGUGGUAUCAUACUGAUAAAACUAGUACAUUCUGUUGCGACGGUGUGAACCAACCCAGUUGAAUGGUACCUUCAAUCUGCCAUAAGUGAAUGUUCUGUAAUGCAUAUAUUUUGAAAGCUCUAUCAUAUCACAGCUCAGUUGAGUUUUUUCUA